AUGCCCUCCACAUCCUCACAAACAUCCCUCCCCCUUCCCUCCCCCUCAGAACAAUCAGCCAUCACCACUAACCCCCUCACCCCCCUUCCCCAGCUCAAACUCAAAUCAACACUCCGCCUCCUAAUCCCACGUCUACGCAUGGCGCAAAAAAAAGACACCGCCGUGUCCAUCUCGUCUCGGCGCGAGAUGUCCGUCCUCCUAUCCCAAAACCGCGAGGCCUCGGCACGCAUCCGCGUCGAGAACAUCAUCCAAACCGACAUCUGCGUCGAGCUGAUGGAGAUCCUCGAGCUAAAGACAACAAUAGCGCCAGCAUUGUCCGGCCUCCUAGCCCAAAACCGCGAGGCCUCGGCACGCAUCCGCGUCGAGAACAUCAUCCAAACCGACAUCUGCGUCGAGCUGAUGGAGAUCCUCGAGCUGUACGCCGAGCUGCUGCUGGCGCGCGCGGCGCUGCUUGACGCGCGCGACAAGAACCAGAAAGACAACAAUAGCGCCAGCAUCGCGGAUUCCGCGAUUGGCCCGGAUACGGGGCUUGAGGAGGCGGCGGCGGCGAUCAUCUAUGCGGCGCCGAGGCUGCCGCGCGAGGUGAGGGAGCUCGGCAUCGUGAGGGGGUUGCUGGUCGAGCGGUUGGGGAAGGAGUUUGCGCUCAAGGCGAAUAUCGAGGGGGGUGGGGGGGUCGUGCCGAAGCGCGUCGUGGAGAAGCUGCGGGUGCAGCCUCCGGGCGAGGAGUUGGUCGAGGCGUAUCUCAGGGAGAUUGCGCGCACUUAUGGGGUGGAGUGGCCGAAGAGCCAGGAGAGGGAGCGGGAAACGGAAAUGGGCAUCCUCGCGAACGAGGUUGCCGACGAAGAAGAAGCAUCGCAGAGUCGGAAUCCAGGAGCGGAUGAUGACGACGGCAGCAGCGGAGGAGGAGGAGGAGACAGAAUCACAGCCGCCCUCUCCACACCCAUCAAGCCCAAAUCCACCCACAGAGCAGGUCCAGGCACCGCCUUCUCGCGAGAAGAACUCACCCGCGCCACUCCACCCCGCGACCUCGCGCCCCAGGGUGCAAAGAGUCCCAUCUCCGUGGCGCCUCCGGCUCCGCGGUCGGAUAACCCGAGUCCGAAGGUCAAGAUCCCGGGGGGAGAGGAGACGACGACGGGAUCAGCACCAGCGGCAGCAGCGGCGACGAAGGCCAAGAACGUGGUGGUGGGCGGUAAGAUACCGGAUGUGGAUGAAUUGGCCAAGAGGUUUAGGGAGUUGAAGAGAUGA